AUGGGGGACUGGAACUCGUUAGGAAAGCUGCUGGAAAGCGCCCAGGAACACUCCACCGUUGUGGGCAAAGUCUGGCUCACCGUGUUGUUUAUCUUCCGUAUCCUGGUACUGGGAGCGGCGGCUGAGAAGGUCUGGGGUGAUGAGCAGUCAGGCUUCACAUGUGAUACCAAACAGCCCGGUUGUCAGAACGUCUGCUAUGACAAGACCUUCCCUAUUUCUCACAUCCGCUUCUGGGUGAUGCAGAUCAUCUUUGUCUCCACGCCGACACUCAUUUAUCUGGGCCACAUCCUUCACCUGGUCCGCAUGGAGGAGAAGGAGAAGCAGAAAGAGAAGGACCUGGCUCUGCAGAGUGAAAAGCAGCAGCAGCUACUGGGGAAUAAGGCCAAGAAGGCACCAGUCAAAGACAACCAGGGACAUGUGCGUUUGCAAGGUGCUCUCCUGCGAACCUAUGUCUUCAAUAUUAUUUUCAAAACCCUGUUUGAAGUGGCCUUUAUCGUAGCUCAGUACUUCCUGUACGGUUUUGAACUCAAGCCGAUGUACACCUGCGAUCGCUGGCCUUGCCCCAAUGUGGUAAACUGCUACAUCUCCCGACCCACCGAGAAGACGGUCUUCAUCCUCUUCAUGCUCGCUGUGGCCUGCAUCUCCCUGCUGCUCAACCUGGUGGAAAUGUACCAUCUGGGUUUCACGAAGUGCCAUCAAGGCCUUCGUUACAGACGCUCGCAGGCUGCGAUCGAAAACGCAAAGGCCCAACCCGAGCCAGUCAUGCCCUUCGUCCCCAGCUAUAACUAUUUCACUGGUCAUCCUGCGGUGCCUGAACCUUUCCCUGCCGACUCAAAGUACAGCAUGGCAGAGCCCAACUCUGCUUACAGCCCUUACAACAGUAAAGUUGUUUACAAGCAGAACAGAGACAACAUGGCGGUGGAGAGGAAAGGUAAAGCAGAAGAUGAAGGGAAGGAGAGGAAAACUUCAUGUCCAGCCUUUGACAUGCCUACUGAAAAUCCGCGCCGAAAUAGUCAGUCGAGUAAACACAGCAAUAACAAGAGCAGGCUUGAUGACCUGAAGAUCUAG